AUGUGUCUAGAUCCCCUUAUACAGAGCGACAAGCAGUUCCCUGAAAAUCUGGCAUUGAUAGAAGAUGACCACCAUGGAGCAUGCUGCUGGUCGGAGAUUAAAAAGGAAUAUCUGCCUCCUGCUGCUGUACUUCUCACUCAAAAAACAUUAUUUACAGCCUGUGAGCUGGGGGUGUUUGAUGUGCUGUCCCAGUCUGAGGAUCCUUUGUCAGCAGCAACUCUUGCUGAGCGUUUAGGCACAAGCCCCACAGGAAUGGAGAGAUUACUCAAUGCUUGUGUUGGAUUAAAACUUCUGGAAAGGAAUAUGCUGAAUGGUGAAGCUGUAUACAAAAGUCCUGAACUCUCCAAUUUAUACCUUGCAAAGACCAGUCCAAAAUCCAUAAAUAUGACAUUGCAAUUUUUAUCUAAAGAGGUUUACGCAGUGGCCAACUACUUUGAUGAUGCAGUCAGGGAAGGAACAUGGCAGCAAGGAAAAACAUUUGGAAUUCCAUCAGGUGAAUCAUUUAAUGUUUUAUACAGAUCAGAAGAAAAAAUGUCAACGUUCAUGGGGCAUAUGGAUGGCUUUUGGAAUCUCAGAGGCAAAGAAGAAUUCAUUUCUAAAUUUGAUCUUUCAUCUUUUCAUACCAUUUGUGAUCUAGGAGGCUGCUCUGGGACUCUUGCAAAAGUGUGCGCUGCUAAAUAUCCAGAAUCUUCAGUUAUUGUCUAUGAUCUGCCUGAUGUAGUGAAUGCUGCUAACAAAUAUAAGGCAGCAGAGGAACAUCAGAUUACAUUCCAGCAAGGUGACUUUUUUAAGGAUCCUAUCCCAGAAGCUGAUCUCUUUAUCCUUGGAUAUAUAAUUCAUGACUGGGCUGAAGAUAAAUGUCUACAUCUGCUAAGAAAAAUUUAUAAUAUCUGCAAACCAGGUGGUGGAAUACUUAUGGCUGAAGCUAUCAUAAAUGAAGACAGAAGUGGACCUGUUCACGCCCAAAUGCUAGACCUUCUGAUGUUGAUUUUGACUGAAGGCAGAGAGAGGACUGCUAAAGAAUACGCACAACUUCUUAAUGCAGUUGGAUUUAAAGAUAUCAGAUUUAGAAGCAAUGGAAAUCUUAGUGAAGCCAUUCUUGCAAUAAAAUAAAAUAUGGUUAUUCAUACCCA